AUGAAGUAUUUCAACCAAGCAAUUUGCGUGGCCAUUUUCGCCGCCGCAUCUCUUGUGGGAGCUGCUCCUGUACCUGCCGAGGAGAAACGCGAUCAGUACGAUGUGACUAUGAAGUGCCAGGCUGCCUACGCGGACCUUCUCGAGAAGCGCGAUCAGUACGAUGUCACCAUGAAAUGCCAGGCUGCAUAUGCCGACUUGCUCGAGAAGCGUGAUCAGUACGAUGUCACUAUGAAGUGCCAGGCUGCAUAUGCCGACUUGCUUGAGAAGCGUGACCAGUAUGAUGUUACCAUGAAAUGCCAAGCUGCCUACGCCGAUCUAGUCGAGAAGCGCGACCAAUAUGACACCACCAUGAAAUGUCAGGCUGCAUAUGCCGAUUUGCUUAAGAAGCGGGAUCAAUAUGAUGUUACCAUGAAAUGCCAGGCCGCCUACGCGGACCUACUUGAAGAGAAAUAG